AUGGAUCCAGAAUCUAACAAGAGAAGUAGAGACGAAUUUGAGGAACAGUCAGGGCACGCCAAUGACGGUCGUUUUCCUCCACAACAGCAAAAUUUUGAUUAUGAUUUCAAAAGACAACGUAUUGAUCCAGCACAAGAAUUAAUCAACAAUGUAUGUAAGGACAUUAGGAGACUAGGUGAAAAUUCCAACGUUGCAACUCAGAUUGACGAUGUCAACUAUAUAUCCAACCCUAUAGUUGCUGAAUUUGAAAAGAUUGAGAGCCUUAGAAAUGCCAUCUUGUCGACGAUGUAUGCACUCAUUAUUGAACAACCACACAAGAUUAAUGCUCUUGGUAACUUAGUAUUUAUCUGCAAUGCCAAAAACUUUGUCAUUGCUAAAUACGUGGUUGAAUAUUUACAUACAAAGAUGCAGUUGUUGUUAGAUUCAAUUGGUGGGGAGGUACAAGCAGAUACUUCAAGAGAAAAUGCAGGUGUGCUUAACAAUAUCAAGAGUAUCUUGAAAUUUUUUGGAGCUAUAUCGCCAAUUAUUGAUGACUAUUCAGUUGUCAAUGUAUUGAAGCAGCUUUUGCAAUUUGCCAUUGACUUACAAGGUGGUUCAGAAAAGAGAAAUGGGAUAGCUCAGGAAAUUUAUUAUAAUGUAUUGAUUGCAACGCCGUAUUUAUUGAGCAAUGAUAAAAGUGAAGAGUUGCAUGGAUAUUUAAAUGAUAUUAUCGAACUUGCUGACAAGUUUCCUAUCAUUGAACCCGAUUCAAAUACCUUGAUACAACCAUUUGAUAACAAGAUGGAAAAUUUUGAAAUCCCUUAUCAACCCAAGAAAAUGGUGAGUUUAAUUUUACCUGCAUUGAAAAAAUUGCAAGCUGAUGAUUGGCAAUUGAAACUCUUCCUCGACUUUGAACCAUUCUUGGAACCUAUUUUAAAAACAAUUUUGGAAAACAACGCCAUUUCAAAAGACAUUGUGAAACACAAAUUACCUCAAUUAUCAUUGCCUUCAACGGAGAAAAUGAACAAGUAUAAGCCUCGUAAUGAGGAUAGUAUUGAUCGUAUAUGGCAGCAAAAUUCCCGUGUUUUACUUCAGGUUUAUAACCAAACUACUGAAUUUGAAACAGUUCCAGUUAUUGAAUCCUAUAUUGGACUAUUUUUCAAAGACUUGUCAUUUGAUAUAUUGACUAAUUUAUCAUUCAACAAGACUGAAGCAUCAAUACAAUUGUCAAUCUUGGAUUUAUUCUUCAAUAGAGAGUUGUUUACUCCAAUGGGUACAUCGAUUGACGAAUUGAUUGAGAUCGAUACCAAGAAUCGUACUGGUGGAAAUAAUCCUCCGUUAUCUACUUGGAAAAUUGAAGAUAUUGCCGUUGAAAGUAUAUUGACCAUGAUUUUUCAAUUGCCACACACUUUACAUCGAGAAAUUUACUAUUAUACAGUUUUGAUUUCUUGUUGUAAGGAGAGUCCUGAUUCAAUGGCCCCGGUAUUUGGUAGAGCCAUUCGUUAUUUCUACAACAAUUUACAGACGUUAGAUUUCGAGUUAAAGAUUAGGUUCUUGGAUUGGAUGACUACACAAAUUUCUAAUUUUGAAUUUAGUUGGAAAUGGGAUGAAUGGGUACAGGAUUCACAGCAAUUUGCUAAAUUGAAAUAUCAUCCAAAAAAGAACUUCAUCAAGAAUUUAAUUGCUAAAGAGAUUAGAUUAUCUAACACGAAAAGAAUUAAAGAAAGUUUUGUUGAUGUUGUCGAUGAUCGUGUGGUUCCAUUUGAUGAAUUUUAUCAGUAUUUAGAUAUUUCCGUGGUUCCUAAUACCAGAGAUUACAUUAUUAAUUACGAUUCUGCAUUGUAUGGAGAUUCAGAAGAAAUUAGAACCAAAAUUACUGAAAUUUACGAUGCUAAACAAGCAACAUUGGCAGCUAAAAGUAAUGCUACUUUUCAAGAUGAGAUAUUUUACAAUUUCACCAAUCCUGAGUUACCAUUGAGCAGUGUUGCUUCACAAAUUUAUGAAUUUAUUGUAUCUCAUUACAAGAGUAACAAAGAAAUGAAUGAAUUGUACAAUUCAGUACUUGAACAAGUCCAACAAGAUCAACCACAAUCUGACAACAUGGUCCAGGUGGAUAUUCCCAACCCAGUUAAGUUUGUUAUAAACUUGUUUUUCCAAACUUAUGCAUACAUUGGAUCAAGAUCAAUUUAUUCCGAAGUGAGUAUCUUGAGUCGCGAUGUUGAUAAAUUGAAAUUCCUUAGUGGAAAACCAAUAGAUUCAAAAAAAGUGGCCAAUCCCGAUGAUGAGUUUGAAAAAUUGUACCUUGAAGAUGACGAUGUCACAAAUAGACAAAAUUGGAUAAUUGAUGCUAUUUUUAGAAUAUGGGUUCAUCAACCACAAGUGAUUUUCUUAAUUUUAGAAUAUUUGAUUGAAUUUGAGAUUCUUGAUCCCAAAUACCUUAUUGCGAAGGCCUUCAAGACUAAUUUAAUCAUUGAUAAUGUAUCUUGCAUUGAAUCGAUAAAUCGAAUAUUGGAAACAUCAAAAGCAGAGACAUUGAGGGAAUUGAUAUUUGAAAUUUUUACUAUUGUCGUCAAGAAACUAAAUGAAUUGGAUUUGGGUAUUGAUGAUGUUGUUCAAAUUGAUGAAUUGAAUGAAGAUAAUGCACCCGAAGUUGAUAAACAAUGGUUAUUUUAUGAAUAUUUGGGAUUGCUCAAGUCAUAUUUUAGAAAAUAUAUUAAAAAUCAAGCUACUGAAUCGAAUGAUGACGAUGUUUUGCAGAAUAUAAAGAAUGUGUUUAAUGACUUGGAAAACAUACCUGCUAGAAUUGAAAUACUUGGUUGGUUUAAAGAGCUUUCAUAG